AUGGCUUCGGAAGUAGUCAACAAGCUGCAGAACCUGGUCACAGGGGAGUCAAAGAGCGCCCGCAAGAAGAAGUCCAAGCAAGAAGGGGCUACGGCAGUACCAGCCGCGCCUGAGCAGACCAACUCUGAGGCUGGCGCAGGUGGCUCUAACCCCGCCGGCAAGGCCAAUGGAGCCGACAGCGACAACUCGUACCUCCGCGAGGUUCAGAAGAACAUCCGCAACAUCAACAAGAAGCUGAGCGCAACCCAGAAGGUCGACUCGAUAAUCGCAGCAAACCCUGGUGUUUCUCUCGACGACCUCCUCGCUUCCAAGAAGAUCAACGCCGAUCAAAAAGCCCAAGCCGAGAGGAAACCCGGUCUUCAAGCUCAGCUCGCGCAGUACGAGGAGCAAUACACCAACUACAAGAAGUAUGGCGAUGAGCUCGAGGCCAAGUUCGCGCGGGAGAAGGAGAUCCUGUCCAAGUCACACUCGUCAGCGUUGGAGACAUUGAGGGGAACAAUCAAGGCUGAGGCACAACUCGAGCAGCAGAAGAUUGUCAAGGAGAAGUUGCUCACAUUGUCUCGCUUCUUGAGGGCUGCGGCUGCUCGUCGUCAACUUGAGGACGAUGACUCUGACCUCACCAAGGCUUUCGAGGGCGCUCUUCUCCAGGUCUAUGGGGGAGAUGUCGGCGCUGUUAUGGCUGCCGAGAAGCUGAUCGAAGGUGCGGAAGAGGGAGUUCCAUCGACUGAGGGUGUGGUACUCGGCGUCACCUACUCCCAGGUCAAGCAAGCAGCACUCGACGAAGCCCCGUUCGCGGCUGAAGAAGCCUGGGUCGACGACGUCGCGCAGUCCCAAGCAGCUGCUCCCGAGACUGAGGCUGUUUCCGACCCAACCAUCACCAACGCAGGUCUUACUGAGAUCGACGCUGGCGCGAAGCCUGUCAACGAGACUACAGAAAACGCAUCGGCAGCCCCAGCAGCUUCUGCUAUCGGAACGGAGUCUGCAAACGCUGCUGCAGCGGCUCAAUGGGAUAAGCAACCUACUGGCGGCGACGACCCCCUGACCGAGUCUUUCGAGAUGGUACCGCGAGACCCCGCCGAGACCGAGACACCACACGUCGCUGCUGCCGUGACCAGCACCCAGAGCUGGGCCGACGAUACCCCCGAGCCAAGUGCGGCACCUGCCGCCGCUACCUCCGGUGACGACGGCUUCUCCCAAGUUCAGCACAACCGCGGCGGUCGGGGACGAGGUGGCCACCAAGGUGGUGAGCGAGGUGGAUACCGUGGCAGGGGCCGAGGCGGUCCUCGGGGCGAUUUCCGCGGUCGUGGACGCGGCGGCCGUGGAGAGUUUAGGGGUGGGCGUGGCGGUUUCCGCGGCGCUGCUCGAGGAGGAGAAUCGUCAUAA